GGUCAAACCCGACACAACAGCUCCAACGACCAUGAGGAGGUCAAUUUCGGCUCUCUCUCGACAGACAAACGGAUUAAUGCUGGCGCGGAGGGCGCGCGUGUCGGUGCCCUCAGCACUGCCUGCCCGCCUGCGCUCCUACUCGUCCGACUCUGACGCCGUCUCCGUGUCCGUCUCAGACAAGAUCGUCGCCGUCCCCUUCAAGCAGAAGCCUCGGGACGCGCGCGACCGUCUGCUGAUACACGGCCUGUUGGCGUCCGCGGCCUGGCCGAAUGUUCUGUGGGCCGGCGCACUCCGGCUCCUCGGCACCGGCAUCGAGCCGUUCGGCAAGGAGUUCGGCUUCGGCGAGUCGGUCACCUUCAAGGAGAUGAAGGCUGCAUACUGGCCCGUCUGGCGCGUAGACCUCAUGGCCGAGGGCACCGUUGAGAAGAACUAUGGCGUCGAGGAGUCGAAGGCCUGGCUGUCGGUCCGGGAGGGCUACAUCCCGGGUAACCCCUUUGCCCCCCUCUCGUACCUGUCGUACGCUGUGCCCCCACUGCCCGACGAGCUCCCAACCUACGACCCGUCGCGGGAUCUCAAGCAGCUUGGUGACGGCUACGAUAUCGUCCCUGUGCCGUUCACCGUCUCACCCUUGGGUAUGCUCGACAAGAUCCGUCGUGAGAUUGGCCGGAAGCGCGUCUUCAACGGCAUUCGGGUCGACGAGUCCAAGUGGAAGGAGCAAUUGUUCGCAGCCUACCCUCUUCUCUUCCCCAUGUACAUUGCCGAGUUUGAGGUCAACAUCGAGGGCAAGGACAAGCGGACAUACCAGAUCAUUAUGGAUGCUCAUGACGAGAAUCCUGGAAAAUGCCGUGUUAGCUUCCCCCCACCAGACGAGAUGCGCGAAAGGUGGGCCGGCGCGCGCCCCGGCGAAACCGAGGACUACUCUGACGACCCUCGCAGUGGACGCCUGGCCAACAACUACUACGUCAACCCUGCGACGUUCCUCCCAACGACACAUCUCAUUAUUCCCUCCUUGUCCUUGGAGAACAUGGGCGGCGUGAGCCUUGCGGCCGGGGUCUCGACCGCGUACAGCCACUGGAUGUCGCCCGGCCCUACCGGUGACUCGAUCCCGCCUUCGCCCACGCUUUCAGUCGCGGAGAACGGACCGGAGGUUGACUGGUCCGACCCACGGAUACAGAGCUGGGCGAGUGACGAGCGUAUCCAGAACGGCGAGUACCUUGAGAUGUCGCUCGAGACAACCAAGGCGAUCGGCGCGUUCGAGGCCAUGAACCAGCUUACGAGCGGGCUCCCUGACCAAGGCAAGGGCAAGGUCAUGGUCGGCGGCCAGCUGAGCCGUGGCAAGCGGCCAGAGUUCCGCCCCGUCGACGAGGUGCGCGGGGAGAUGGAGGAGGCGAUCCAGCAGCAGCGGGACGAGGUGGCCAAGCUCAAGCCGCAGUGGCUGGUCGACUUUGAGUCCAAGUCGGAGAAGACGAAUGAGACAAAGGAGACGGCGGCGGAGGAGUGAAGGGGGGUGUCGGUAGCGCGCUCACAGUCAUUGAUUGCACAAACAACUAUCUAUCGCAUGCAGCAUCUGCCUCGAG